ACCUUCCCUGACCUCCCCCUUCCCAGCGAUCAUCGGUCCUGUUCCCCUCCUGCAGGGACUUCCGGAAGUUUUUUGGUUUAUUGUUUAUUACCCACUCCUCCCCUGGGGCAGGGCGGGGUGCAGAGGUGGAGUUCGCUGCCUUCACGUGGCUCUCCCAGAGCACGCCUGGCACCUAGUAGGUGCCCAAUAAAUCAGCGUUGACUAAGUAAAGGUCUCUGUCAAACGCGCGCUCUGCGUGUUCCCACAGCGUCUAAGUGUGAGCGCCGAAGUGCCCGCCGCCUUCCCAGGCAGGACUUUUCCUUCAGCACCAGGAGGUGGCAUUCGCGAACCUCUCCACCCCGGCGGCAACCAGCACGAGCGGCGGAGGCCGAGAGGCGCUCCUUCCCCACCGGCGGCCACGGCACUUUCCCCGGAGGAGGGGCGUUUCCCUUGAUCCUACCCAGGGGGCGGCUCCCGGGAGCGCAGGAGGAGGGCGUGGCGUGGGAGCCGCGUAGAAGGUGGAGGGGCGCAGCCUCGGAGCGCGCAGAGAUGGCGGGCAGGCAAGUUGAGCAAGUUAUCAAGCCUACACACCAGGGACUGGGGCACUGGGGGAGGGUGUCCCGUGCCGUGGCGUCCUGGGGGGUUGGGGGGCUGCGUCCGGGGCUUGGGAACCCCCGCGCGCCGGGCAGGACAGGACGCAUGGGGAGGGCACCGAGACACCCACCACCAGAGAGCAUGGAGAAGAGGCCGCCCUCACCCCGCACCCCGGGCGCCCCCAAUGCUCUCUGGGCCUUCCAAACCGCACUCCGGCCCCCCAUCCGGCACCCAGGGCCACUGGCUCCCUGGAGAGCCGAGCACUCUGCGGCCAGGAGAGAAGCAGCCCCACUCGCGACCCCAAGCAUUCCGGCCGCAGUCCAGGGAGGGCCCGGCGGCGUAGACAGACCCGGGACUCAGGGCAGCGACUCGGGGUGUCUGUUUCCUCAGCGGUCAAAAGGGCUGCGGAGGCCCCAGCCCGGGUGCUCGAGGAGCCACAGCGCGGCACCCAGAGCUGCGGUGUUCCUCCAGCCACCGAGCCAGAGUCGCAGGGAGGAUAGUGCGCCCUGUCGCCCCGUCCGGGCGCGCCACUCCCGGCCCGCCCCAGAGAACUGUUGGGCCACAGCUGCCCAGAGUCGGCUCCUCGGUGCCGGGAGUAGGGACCCGGCCCCACCCCUCUGGCUUGGCCCCGCCCCUCCUCCUCUGGCCCCGCCCCCAAGCCAGUAACUGCCACGCCCUCAGAGCCCGAACCUUGGCCACCCCGUUAGCCGCCUCCGAGGAGCCCAGAGGGCCGCAAACCCUGCUGGGAAGGAUCCUCCCUGCGGCUGGGCUCUCGGGGAGCACCUACGCUGUGCCCGAGGCGGUGGGGCUCAAGUGAGGCCCGGGGCGGGUCUCGGGGCCUGGCCGCCCGUAGGUAGCGCGGGAAUGCGAGAGGUGAGCGCUCGUUAGGUAUCCCGGGCCUGGCUCCGCAGGUGCCGAUCGCCUGCGGGGCAGCCACACCCGGAUCCCGCGAGUGCGGCCCCGACCGAGGAGGCGGGAAGAGAGAAAUUCCCAUGCGCGCGGACUGCACCGCGCCUGAAGCCGGGGCCAACACGCGCCACGGCGCGCCGCCCGGGACAGCACGGUGCGCGCACACGUGGGCAGGGGCGGCCACCGAACGUCCGCCCAGCCCCGGCGGCCAAUGGCUUUCUGAGCGGCGAUCUGGCGUAAGGACUCGCAGCGCCAAGACCCGAAAGCUAACUGCACAAAACGAAAAUGGAUCUCCCCAAAGGUCUCAGUGCCAGCGGACGCUGGGUCCCUGCACAGAGCCGAGAGGGUCGCCUUCGUCCGCGCCACAGAAACCCUGGCGGCCGGGGUGAAACGGGAACGUCGUUGCUAACCGACCACACCAGGCCUGAGAGAGGCCGGCCUGGCGCACACCGCCGCCCAGCCACGAAACUGCAGCCGUCGGUUCGCACACGUUCCCGUCACGUUCCCAGCAGGCAGCGAAUAAUAAUAAUAGCCGCCACCUAGUAAUUGCUGUGACACCAGCCAAGAGAACCAAGGAGGCGACGUCCAGAACUGUACUCAGCACUGACUCUCUGCCGGCGCCCGCUGUCCUCUGCGAUCUUAUUUGAACCCGCACAGCAAUUCCACGGGGUGGGAGGCUUUUCCACCCAGAGGAGGACACCAUGGGCCCUGCGUGCCCGUCAAAAGGCCACGAUUCUGCCCGCUGGCUGCACUUCGGGCGCACGCCCACGUUAAGGCCCUGAGCGUGGCCCCGCACGCCUUGGGACCCGGACUCUGAGCCUGCCAGGGUCCCCGACCGCCGGCUCGGGCCGCGCUUCACAAGGGAACGGCUGUGCCCUAGGUCGGGGCGCCCAGGUCCAAGCUCCGGACUCAGGUUGCCCCCCGGGAACAAGCUGCGACUUCGCGGCCGGGAAACGACUGACCGGGAGGCCCGGGCGGUCCCCGCGCCCUGACCCGACACUGUACAGUCCCGCGGGCAGGGAGGGGACCGGGAACCGCCCCUCCGGCAGCGCGCGCAACUCGGUAGCCUCGCGUGUGGCCCCGGGACAGGCCUCGCCACGGCGCCAGCUAUUGGUUGGUGAAACCAGAGCAGAUUCUCGCGGGCCAAGUCUAGCAUUCGGCCCGUGGACUCUGACGUCCCGCUUCUUCCGCCCUUCUGCAUCCCAGAGGAGAAUGUUCCCGGCAAUGUUUUCGUUCCUCCCUCAAACCUGAGACCGGGACGGCCGGGAAGCCGCAAGGCGGGGCGCGGACUGUGACCCCGAAGGUGCCUGCUGAAUCCCCGCGCCCUCCCGCCUGUGCCUCUUCACCGAAUGGGCGCACGGAGUGUGCCAAGUGGAUCCUCAAAUCUGCAUUCUUUCGGUGAUAAAAUAUGUUAUCGUAUUUUUUCCUGAUUUCCCACUAAAACCUUUGCCUAACUAAACUCCCAUCCAACGGGAUUUAUUUCGUCCCCGGGGAGAUAAAUCAGGGGGCAAAUUUACAGCCCGGGAGGCACCUGCCGGGCUAAUGGGCCCUUCAUGGAGUGCGCGGCCAGCGGGGGCGCGCGCAGACGGCGGGGGCGCUGGCCAAUGGCCGGGCCGCGGUCGCCGGCAGCCAAUCAGCACGCGCGCCGCCUGGGGGCCCCGCGGUUAUCAGCGCGUCCAGCCCGCGCGGCGCGGCGCCGCUCCGACCGGCCCCGGAGCCGCCACCGCCGCAGCGCGGAGUACCCCCGCCGCCGCCCACCCCGCGCCGGAGCCGCCGACCUCCCUCGCGCCCGCCAUCCGCGCCGUCGGCGCCCGCACCCCGAGCCCCCGCUGCAGCCGGCGCCCGCCGGGGUCGCGCGCAAACUUCCCGGGCCGGCGGGCGCGGGCGGCGGCGGCGGGGCCCGGAUGGGCGCCCGGGCCGGCGGCGGCGGCGCCCAUGGACGCUAACCGCCCGGGCGCGUUCAUGCUGAGCAGUGCGCCGCUGGCCGCGCUACACAACAUGGCCGAGAUGAAGACGUCGCUGUUCCCGUACGCGCUGCAGGGCCCGGCCGGCUUCAAGGCGCCCGCGCUGGGCGGCCUCGGCGCGCAGCUGCCGCUCGGCACCCCGCACGGCAUCAGCGACAUCCUGGGGCGGCCCGUGGGCGCGGCGGGCGGCGGCCUCCUGGGCGGCCUGCCCCGUCUCAGUGGGCUCGCCUCGUCGGCCGGCGUCUACUUCGGGCCCGCGGCCGCCGUGGCGCGCGGCUACCCCAAGCCUCUGGCCGAGUUGCCCGGGCGCCCGCCAAUCUUCUGGCCUGGCGUGGUGCAGGGCUCGCCCUGGAGGGACCCGCGCCUGGCCGGCCCGGCCCAGGCCAGCGGGGUCCUGGACAAGGACGGCAAGAAGAAGCACUCACGGCCGACCUUCUCGGGCCAGCAGAUCUUCGCGCUGGAGAAGACUUUCGAGCAGACCAAGUACCUGGCGGGGCCGGAGCGCGCGCGCCUCGCCUACUCCCUGGGUAUGACCGAGAGCCAAGUCAAGGUGUGGUUCCAGAACCGGCGGACGAAGUGGCGCAAGCGGCACGCCGCGGAGAUGGCGUCGGCUAAGAAGCAGCAGGACUCGGACGCCGAGAAGCUGAAGGCGGGCGGCUCGGACGCGGAGGACGACGACGAGUACACCCGGCCCCUGGACCCCAACUCGGACGAUGAGAAGAUCACGCGGCUGCUCAAGAAGCACAAACCCUCGAACUUGGCGCUGGUCAGCCCGUGCGGCGGCGGCGCGGGGGACGCCUCGUGAGGACGCGGCGGCAAGGCCGGACAACCAGGGUACGGGACGCGGGCCGGCGCCCCUCGCCAGCCGCCCGCGCCGGAGUGUGUAUAUAUAUUUUUACAGAAUAAGUUAUAAAGCGGCCUGGCUCGGGCUCGGCGUGCGGGGACCCCAGAGCGCCCGCGUCCCUGUCCUCGGCGUGGGCGCGGGAUCGGGACCGCCGCUGCCGCGCGUCCUGAGAGGAAUCACUUUGUAUAAUCAAUAAAUUAUUUAACACGUCCCCCGUCGGAGCCGUGGCUCCCGAGGCUGCACCGCGUGUUUCUUCCUUAUCGAAAACCGCGGGCGAGGCGCGGUGGCGCGGCCCUCUGCCUCUGCCGGGCCCUGUCCCGGGUCCCCUUGUCCAGUCUUCAAAUGCCGCGGGGUCCGCGCCUUCGGCCGAAGGGGCGCCUGGGUCUGGCGCAGGUCCGGCUCAGAAUCGGGGUGCGAUGGAGUCCCGGUCGCCUCGCGCCCCGGGUUGCCCGGGCGGCAGCAGCUCGCAGGACCGAGGGCACCGCGAGGCCCGGCGCGGGGAAGGCGGCCCCGCCCGAGAACCCUCGGGCUGCCGGCCAAGGGAAGGGGCCGCCCGGGGCCGAGGGCCGGGAAGAGCCAGGACUCAGCGAGCGGGAGCGGAGCCGACGGCGGGGGGAUGGAGCGGGGCGCUCGGCGGCGGCGGCGGCUCCUCAGGCGCAGGCAGCUGUGGCUCGCGCGGGGCAGCAGGUAGGACCCCUUGUUCCGUCCCUCCCCGCAACUGCACCGGCGCCAGCCCGGGGCGCCCUCCCCAGGGCUCUGGAGGCUUAGGUGGAUGAGGUGUGGGCAGAUUUAGACACAUUUGGGGUUGCCGGAAAGGGCAGGUGAACCCCCGCUCCUGCCCCACCCGGAGUGGCGCCUUUCCCCUUUGGUGGGUGCGGGGGCGGUGAGGGGCGCCGCUGGGCCCUAGCUCCUGCUGUCCUGCUGACGUGCUUUGCCAUGAUUAUGUAGGUUGGAACGUGCCCAGCCUUAGUAGCUACAUAAUUUGAAGUAAAUCAGGUUUUAAAUUCAUCAGCACCGUAGCACUUCUCCUGCGGUUUAAUAGAUUGUUUUCAUCGGUAGAAAGCGGGGUUUAAUUCAAACCGGGACUACAAAGAGAAAUCCAAGAUAAUUUUGCUGCCCCGGCGUCAGUUCUCUCAGGGGCCCUGGAGUUUUCUUUGCCCGUUUGACCCUGGGAUGCGGGGGAAGCACGUCUGGCCAGUGCUUGGACCUUGUCCUCCUCCUGGGCAGCUCCGGCCUCCACCCGGGGCACCUCCCUGGAUCGGCCAGACCGACCCAGCCCCCCAGCCCCGCGGAGGUCCCGGAAGCCCUCUCUCUGGCCUGUCCCUCACCCCGGAAUCCAAGGGCCAGGAUUCCAGCUAACAGCGUCUGCUCUGGUUCACAGAAGACCACCCCAUCCGUGCAGACUCUGGAUGCUCCACGUGGCUGCAUAACUGUUGUGUUAAUUUUAAAAACUGAAUAUAAAGGGUUGUAUUACUGUAAGAAAGAUUCUUCUUGGAAGGCAUUACUGAAAAUGUUAAAGAGAAAUGUAAAAGGCUGAAGUUUUGUUUUUUGGGUGUUUUUUGCUACAUGGCUGCAUCAAUUUAAAAAACAGACGUUUUUCACUGGCUGGUUUUCUAAGGGAGCAUUAAUUUUUUUUCAAAAUUUAUGUGAGUGAACUCUUCUUUCAGCUCAAGAGGAAAGGAAUUUCCAGUUUUAAAGUUUGAGGAAAGCAACACAUUUAUGUAAUCUCAUUUAAACAACGCUGAGGGGUAAGUCCCAGCAGUAACCUCUGCAGUAAAAUCCGAAAGAUGAUCUUUCUGCUCUCACGCCAGAGCUCAGCUCUGUAACAGUAUCCGACAGUGGAGUCCAGGACCGCCGAGAGCCACGAGCGUAGCCUGCACUGCAGGCUACAACGGGCCGGAGCACGGGAGGAGGAAACGCAAAGCAGACGGGAUAUUUUCACCACGAUCGAUUUUAUUGCUUAGGGACCGGAGCGGUCAUUUCCAAAGGCCUCCUGAGUGACCAACAGCUGAAACCCCGCUGCACAGAAUCGCCGUGAGUCGGCCAGAGCAGGGCGACCACAGCUCGACACAGACCCCGACGGUACGGUCAAGGACACAGGUUCGGCACGUGGACGCCAGCUCACUUGCAACGGUUGUGAUUUAUCUAAAGCAAGCUUCUACCCAGCGCCUUCACCCAGCCCAGGAGUUCUGUAGUGUUAAAGCAAGUUAAUAAAACAUUCGUUUGUGUUUCAUCCAUGGGCCCUGGGACCACCUCUCACGGCUCCGCCGGGUGCCAGGAGCAAGUACGUGCAGCAGGGUUACGACAGGUCGUUAGAGGUUCAGCGUCCAAGGACGCGUACAGCUUGUUUCUCUGGAUAUUUUUAUACACAGGCCACAUUACAAGCAGUUUCUAUCGGAAGCAGACUAGCUAUUUUUAUUUCUCCCAUGAUAUUAUUGUUUUAUGUAGAAUACUUGGCACCAUAGAACGGUAACAAAAGACAGACAAAACGGUUUACAAAAUUCUUAAAAGGUACACCCGAGCGAGCUAUAAACUUCACAUUCAGUUCUUAAUAUGAGACAGAAAAAGGCCUAGGAGUCUCCAGCUGCUCGUAUG